AUAUGCAAAUCCCAGCAUGAAUACACUGACAGGCUCGGGCAUUGUUGUGGUCGCUGUGACUGUCCCGGAGGAAAGGAAUUCUGUGGCACGUGUUCUUCCGCUUCUCCUUCUAACCCCGGCCAGAAACGGUUCUUUAAGCAGGAGGCAGAUCACUAGCAUUUGGGACUGAAAGCUGGAGGUUAUUUUGGAAUGUGAAAGCUACUUGCUGUUUGGAUCCAUGACAACCACGUAGACACUCUUCACUUGAACAAGCUACACCAGCAUGGACCAAGACAUUUAAAACAAAUCUUUCAAGCAGUCGAUGGAGUACAAUUGGAAAGGUUAAGGAAAAUCCAGAUGGGGUGCAGAUGCUGCAAAAUGAUACAAAGCUACAUCUUUGAUCCAGAAGAAGUACAAUCACCUGGAUGCAUUCAUGAAGUAAACAGCUAUAAACACAAUGAACAAGGCAGCAAUAAAUCCCGAUUCAAAGACAAGAGUGAAAAUGAAGAACCCAAAAAUGAACUCCAGAGGCAUGAGGCAAACAAAACAGAAAAUAAAAACCCAGUAAACAGUACAACAGAAACUCUCUGGAAUCACAGAGGCCAUGAUUCUCAAGAGGAUGGCCUUGUGAAGUGUGCUGCAAAGCCUGAUGUUGCAGUCAAUGGUGGCAACUCCUGUGCUCAGCACUCCAUGCUCAACCCCAACACAAGCCCAGUGAAAGAAACCAGUGAAAAGGGAAACUCCAGCCAGUCAGAGGCUGCUUCAGCCAGCAACAGAGACUCGUACACCAAAUCAAACAGGUGUGGACAAGAACUUGACCUAGAGACAGGCAGUCAGAGCAAGGCAGCCAGCAAUGUGCCUAACAGUAUUCCAGACUCCCUGUCUGCAGAAGACAGCAUCUUCAUUACAGGAAACUCAAUACUGGAAACAGAAAACAAUACCAUAACACUGCCAGAUAUUGAUUAUCCCCAAAAUGGCAAUCAAACUGGGAACUAUGUUGAAAAAGACAGCUUUUCAGUCAACUGCACACAUUCAGACCAAAACACUGGUGCUUCAGCAAUACAGAACCAGGAUGCUCGUGUAAUCCCACCUUGGCCUGUGAAAGAGAGCAGUAUUGAACCUUUUAAAACUGACUCUGCAAGUCUGACUGAGAGCCUUACUGCUAGUAUCACUGCAGUGGCUGUUACCAAGGUCACACAGGCACACACACACACCAACCACAACAAUGUCAGUGGAGAAAUUGAGGAGGAAGAUGCAGAAGUUGCAGCAGCUCUUGCUGCACUGGAAGCUGCAACAGCAGGAGAAGACAUGGAAGAUGAUGACGAGUACUAGAUGGUUUCUUUCUAAUACACUGGGUAAGAUCCAGAUGUUAUUUCUGGAUCAAUAUGA